CUAGCUUUCAGAAACAACACAAAAAGACCCAGAAAUAGUUUUAGCAUUGUCAUCUGCAAGGACUUGCGUAGUCCUUGUGCAAGCAAGUCAUAUCUGCAGAUGCAGUAAUCUCGACAAUCUUUCAACAUUAAAUAGGAUGUGGAUGGAUGAACUGCACAAGGACUUCUCCUCAAUGUGAUGUCUACCUCUCAUAAUUAAUUAGUUGGUUCUUUCCUUUGUUGAACGCAAAGGUCGAAUAGGUCCAUCGUUGCACAUCAUAAUGUGUGGCAAAUAACCACUGAAUUGCUCAAAAACAAGACUUGUCUACUGACGCAGUAAUCUGGACAAUCUUUCAACGUGAAAUGGGAUGUGGAUGGAUGAACUACCCAAGGACUACUACUCUUCAAUGAGAUGUCUACCUCCCAAAAUUAAUUAGCUGACUUUCUGUUGUUUGCCGGACGCCAAGUUUGAAUGGUUCAAUGGUUGCACAUCAUGAUGUGAGGCAAAUAACCACUGAAUUGCUCCAAAACAAAGUCCGUCAUUCUUCUCCAAAUGGACCGAAAAUUAUCCUUACUUUUGGUGAUAUGUGUGCUUACAGGAAUCACAGCAACCAAAUAUGAUGAAUUCACAUACAACGGAUUCAAAAGGAGUGAGUUAUACCUCGAUGGCGUAGCAGAGAUCACACCCAAUGGCCUUCUGAGAUUAACCAACACUACAAGGAGACAGCAAGGACAUGCAUUCCACAAAGUACCACUGCAUUUGAGGAACACUUCGGACGGUAAUGUUUACUCUUUCUCUACCUGCUUUGUUUUCGCGAUACUCCCCGAAUAUCCAGAUGUGGGUGGCAACGGACUUGCACUUGUGCUCUCUCCAACCAGGGGGCUCCCUGGGGCUCUGUCCAACCAAUACCUUGGUCUCUUCAACUCUACCAAUAAUGGCAAUUCAUCAAAUCAUGUCCUUGCUAUUGAGCUAGACGCCAUCUUCAAUAUGGAGUUUGGUGAUAUUGACAACAACCAUCUCGGAAUUGAUGUCAACGGAUUAAGGUCCAUGAACGCCGCACCAGCAUCAUAUUUCAUUGAGAAAAUUGGCAAGUCUAAGAAUCUCAGCCUUACAAGCGGGAAACCAAUGCAGGUAUGGGUAGAUUAUAGCAAUCCAGAGAAGAAGCUAAAUGUAACAAUAUCUCCCAUCAGUGUGCCCAAACCAAGUCAUCCAUUGUUGUCAUCUUCCAUUAAUCUAUCCUCGGUAAUAUUAGAUACCAUGUAUAUUGGCUUCUCUGGUUCUACAGGCUCCAUUCUAACAUCCCAUUAUGUUCUGGGUUGGAGCUUUAAGAUGAAUGGGCAAGCGGAUGCCCUCAACCUGUCCAGCCUUCCUUCACUUCCUUAUAAAAAGCAUAGAAGAAACCUAACAUCCCUGAUAAUAUGGCUGUCCUUAGGAGUAGUGGUGUUCAUAACUAUAACCGCCUGCGGUAUUGCUUACAUAAUAAGAAGAAAGGCAAGAUAUGCUGAAGUUCUUGAAGAGUGGGAGCUUGAAAACAGAACUCAUAGAUUCUCAUAUAAAGAACUAUUCAAGGCUACCAAAGGCUUUCCCGAGAAAAAUCUUCUGGGAGUUGGCGGUUUUGGAAGAGUUUACAAAGGCAAGCUGCCCACCUCUAAAACUGAAAUCGCAGUAAAGAGCAUUUCUCAUGAUUCUAAGCAAGGAAUGAGGGAGUUUGUUGGGGAGAUUGCGAGUAACAGUCAGCUCCGUCACCGCAAUUUGGUCCAACUUCUUGGCUAUAGCCGUAGGAAAGGGGAAGUCUUUUUGGUCUAUGAGUUCCUGCCCAAUGGAAGUCUUGACAAGUUCCUCUAUGAUGCAAACAAGCCAACGACACUUAGCUGGAGUCAGAGACUAAAAAUUAUCAGAGGGGUGGCUUCAGGUUUGCUCUACCUGCAUGAAGAGUGGGAGCAGAUUGUCGUACACAGAGAUAUAAAAGCAAGCAAUGUCUUGCUGGACAGUGAAAUGAAUGGAAAGUUGGGAGACUUUGGACUAUCAAGAUUGUAUGAUCAUGAUAGCGAUCCCCAAAUCACUCAUGUGGUAGGAACUUUCGGUUAUAUAGCUCCAGAGCUCACUAAAACAGGCAGGGCAACUACGAGCACUGAUGUCUUCGCCUUCGGAGUUUUCGUACUUGAGGUUGUCUGUGGAAGGAGGCCAAUAAUGCAACAAGAAUCACUGGACCUUCAUUUGGUGGACUGGGUGUGGAGGAGUUGGAGGAAUGGAGUAAUUCUAGAGGUUACAGAUGCAAGACUGGGAGGUGAUUAUCAUCUGGGGGAAGUGGAAAUGAUUUUAAAGAUGGGAUUGCUUUGUUCACAUCCUAUACCUGCAGCAAGACCAACCAUGCGCCAAGUGAUGCAGUUCUUGGAUGGUGAUCUUUCGCUACCGCAGAUACCCCAAGGAUGGGCGGGGCAUCACUAUUUCAUCACCAGAGCAUGCUGAAGAAUUAGAAGAAUCAUAAUAUCAUAAGUGUCAGUUGUUACUUGCAAAGUGUUCCAUCCACUGGCAAAGAGCCAAUCCUCUUUGAAGGUUGUUGAUUUUCUGGAAUUUAGGUAACUAGUGGAAUUUGAAUGUAAGUCUUACAUUUUGUCAUUUCCUCUCUUUUCACUUCACUCGGAGACCUAACAUAACAUCCAAUUAAGUGGUCAUAUUCAUCCUUUAUGCUCAUUUCAAAAUGAACACAAACUGCUAUAUAUGAACACCAUGUAAUUCUGAGCAAGUCAUUCAGCUUCUUUGGCUUAGGUGAAACACUGUGACAUUAUGUUCUUGUUCCAGUCCAUACUUCGUUGAAAAAUACCAGUUAAUGUUACUGAAGAAAAAUGUUUCCAUGGUACUGCUGUAUUCCAUCAUGUAAGAAUGAGCUCUCUGAUUCCGAAUUAAACCAACAUCCAUCAUUCUCUGCAAACAAAAGGCUAUAAAAUUCAGGUCAUGAUACUCAAUGUUACACUCAAACCUAUACACAAAUAACUGAAUGUUUGCAGGUUGCGAACGUGGAUGCUAUUAUUCAGAAAUAAUCUUCUCAUGAAGCUAGUCAGCUUCUCUGAUAAUAUUUUCAUUCUCAGUGGAUUCAGUGGAGCAAACAUGGGUCUAAAUGGAGGUCACCUCCAGUGGCAUAUCAAUGUCACCAAGGACACCAGGGAAGCAGAGGACUGCACCCAUGCUAUGAACAGCAAGGAAGCAAAGGGUUUCACCUUCUAUUCCAUCGCACUUUGAAAAUUCUUCAAAUGGUAAAUCCACCUCAUCAACUACUUCUGUCAUUGCACUCAUGCAGUCCUCCUCCCCCCAAGAAUUUCCCUAGAGCCAUACCAGGCUAGCAUCUAGUCCUUUCAAACAUGACAGACAAUGGAAAUCUACAGAUCGUAUUGUAGACACUGAGCUUGACAUGGUCAAACACCACAGAGUUCAAAGACAUCAAUGAUAACCAUAUCGAGAUUGAAACUAACAGCUUGAGCACUUCUUCUUGUUUCUUUUUGUUUGUGUUUUUCUUUCUGUUUUUGUUUUUUCAUUUCUUUUUGCCGAGUGUGGACUGGAAGUGGAAACUAUUCAGGAUCUGUUA